AUGUAUUCGGACGAUGACAUGCUCGAUAUGGAAACGGGAGAGGAUGAUUAUUACACCGACGGGAACGGUGGUUUUGAUGAUGAAGAAGAUUCCGAUUGCUCUAAGGUAAAUUAUGUUGUUCUCAAGGAAGACGACAUUCGAAAACAUCAGAAUGAUGAUAUCAGACGAGUUUCCACUGUCCUCUCUGUAACUGAGGUCGAAGCGAGUGUUUUGCUUCUUUACUAUCACUGGAAUGUUAGUAAAAUUGAUGAUGAAUGGUUUGCAGAUGAGGAGAGAGUUCGUAGAACCGUUGGUAUAUUGCAGAAACCUGUUGUUGUCACAAAACCUUAUGGUUGUGGAGGAGAAGUUACAUGUGGAAUUUGCUUUGAUUCGUUUUGUCCUAAGGUUAUUGUAUCGGUUCCUUGUGGUCAUCCGUUCUGCUCUGAUUGCUGGAAUGGUUAUAUCAGGACAAGUAUCAAUGAUGGUCCAGGAUGCUUGAUGCUUAAAUGUCCUGAGCCUUCUUGUUCUGCUGCUGUUCGUUUAGAUAUGGUCGAAAAACUGGUUUCGGAGGAAGACAAGAAGAAGUUUUACAAGUACUUCCUUAGGUCUUAUGUUGAAGACAACAAGAAGAUGAAGUGGUGUCCUGCACCGGGAUGCGAGCAUGCGGUUGAUUUUGCUGCAGGGACUGGGAGUUAUGAUGUUUCCUGCUUGUGCUCGCAUAGAUUUUGCUGGAAUUGCACUGAAGAGGCUCACCCUCCUGUGGAUUGUGACACGGUUGCAAAAUGGUUGCAUAAGAACAGCGCUGAGUCUGAAAAUACGGAUUGGCUACUUGCCAAUACAAAGCCUUGUCCAAAGUGUCAUCGGGCGAUUGAAAAGAAUCAGGGCUGCAUGCACAUGACAUGCAGAUCACCUUGUCGUCAUCAGUUUUGUUGGCUUUGCCUUAAGGCAUGGAAAAUUCACGGGCAAAGCUCUGGUGGUUUUUAUGCCUGCAACCGUUAUGAGAAGGAGAAGCAAGAAGGAAAGUUUAGUGAGGCUGACAGGAAGCAAGCGAUGGCUAAAAUGUCGCUAGAAAGAUACACUUAUUAUUAUGAACGCUGGUUAAGCCAUCUCUUGUCGAGGCAAAAAGCUAUGGCGGAUCUGCAGAAACUGCAAUCUGAAGGCCUUAAGAAGCUUAGUGAGAUACUUUGCACGUCAGAAACUCAGCUCCAGUUCAUCACAGAGGCGUGGCUUCAGAUCAUUGAAUGCAGACGGGUACUGGAAUGGACAUUUGCUUAUGGUUACUAUCUAGCUGAUGAAGGUAAGAAAGUGUUUUUCGAGUAUUUGCAAGGGGAGGCUGAUUCAGGUUUGGAGCGGCUCCACCACUGCGCAGAGAAAGAGUUAGAGGUGUUUUACGACGCUAAAGGCCCUUCAGAAGAUUUCAAACAUUUCCAGACCAAAUUAACCGAUUUGACAGUCAUAACCAAAACCUACUUUGCCAAUCUGGUGAAAGCUUUGGAGAAUGGUCUUAAGGAAUGUUGA